AUGGGAAACACUCCCGGCGGAAUGCCGGGUGCCGGGGGAGGACAAGGCCAAGGUGCUAACAAAGAGAAGAAAGAUGGGGAUGACAAGAAGAAGAAGCACGAGGCAAUGGCACCACCCUCCCACUUCGGCAGAAAGAAGAGGAAGAUGAAGGGAGCGCAGGUCGCCAGCAAGCUGCCCUCAGUUGUACCAACCUCGAAGUGCCGGCUCCGACUUCUGAAGCACGACCGGGUGAAGGAUUACCUCAUGAUGGAGGAAGAGUUUAUCCAGGAGCAGCAGCGGUUGAAGCCGAAAGAAGACAAGGAAUCAGACGAGAAGUCCAAGCUGGACGACAUCCGCGGGACUCCGAUGGAUGUCGGCUCGCUGGAAGAAUUCAUCGACGAGAAUCACUGCAUCGUGUCAACGGCUAUGGGCCCUGAGUACUAUGUGAAUAUCCUUUCCUUCGUGGACAAGGAUCAGUUGGAGCCUGGCUCUUCUAUCCUCAUGCAUCACAAGAAUUUGAGUGUGAUCGGCCUUUUGGUGGACGAGGUGAACCCGCUCGUUAGCGUGAUGAAGGUGGACAAGGCGCCGACGGAGUCCUACGGGGACAUUGGUGGCUUGGAGGAGCAGAUCCAGGAGAUGAAGGAGGCAGUUGAGCUGCCCCUGACACACCCAGAGCUCUAUGAGGAUGUUGGCAUCAAGCCGCCCAAGGGCGUCAUUCUGUACGGCGUGCCAGGGACCGGAAAGACACUGUUGGCCAAGGCUGUUGCAAGUGAGACAUCUGCAACUUUCUUACGAGUGGUCGGCAGUGAGCUGAUUCAGAAGUAUCUCGGAGAGGGACCAAAGCUGGUCCGGGAAAUGUUUCGUGUCGCGCAAGAGCAUGCCCCUUCCAUCAUUUUCAUCGAUGAAAUCGACGCCGUCGCCACGAAGCGGUACGAUACUACAAGUGGCGGCGAGAAGGAAAUUCAACGCACCAUGUUGGAGCUGCUGAACCAGCUAGACGGCUUCGAUGACCGUGGCGAUGUCAAGGUUAUCAUGGCCACCAACAGGAUGGAGUCUCUGGACCCUGCCAUGAUCCGACCAGGCCGAAUAGAUCGAAAGAUAGAGUUUCCUCUGCCGGACGAAAAGACCAAGCGACGUAUCUUCCAGAUCCACACGGGGAAGAUGACCCUCGCAGAUGAUGUCAACCUGGAGGAGUUUGUCGUUGCGAAGGAUGACCUCAGCGGUGCAGACAUCAAGGCGAUAUGCACAGAAGCUGGCAUGCUCGCCCUCCGUGAACGUCGCAUGAAGGUGACGCAGGCGGAUAUGAGAAAGGCGAAGGAGAAAGCAUUGUACAAAAAGAAGGGGUCAUACCCCGAAGGCAUGUAUCUCUAG